CACACCACAUCACACAGCACAGGAAGCACUGCUGUCGCUGUGUAUAUAUAUACAUAUGAGAAACAGAGAUUUGCUUCCACUUCUGCAACAUGAUGCUGCUCAGCUGGUUUAUAGUGUUCCUCUGUAUUUCUGCAAACACAGGGGACGUUGUAGUGUGGGGCAAGCCCGGAGAGAAGGUCACCUUGGAGUGCUCCUUUGCAAAAUGUCUCAGCAGCAUCUACGACUUGGUGGGGAUGUAUCUGUAUCAUGGUUUAAAUCCGCAGGAGGAGGUGUUGUACUAUUACAAUGCCUCGGGAUCUGAAAAAGUCUCCCCACGAAACAGAUACUUAGAGAGGGUUGAGAAAAAUGGAUCUCUGAGGAACCACACCAUCACCAUCAGCAAUCUGGUCGCCGAGGACUCUGGCAUCUACAGAUGUGGCUACAAAAGAACUGCCGACACUAAUGUUAUAUGCACCGUCUACAUACUUAUUAUAUCAGGAGAAGCACCGACUUCCAGUCCAAAAGGGGAUCCUCAUUCCCACGUCAAUGAGAAAAGUCUAACUCUGGUGUUAGUCACCGUUGCCACCUGUGCCAUCAGCAUAUUUGCCACCAUCCUCUUCGUCCUGCUGAUUCUGAAGUUGAAACAAUGGACCAGAAGCAGAAGAAGAGCAAGAAGUGUCCCCAACGAAUGUGUGUAUGAAGUCAUGACAAAGAACAGAAUCGUCCCUCCAGAGGUGUCCUUGCCAAAUCUGUAUGAUUUUGAGUAGAAGAUGAGAAUGCAGAGAAAGUGUUAUUUGAUGGACGACCAUUUUCAUCUUGACAGCUGGUUUUUACCUGUUAAAUGUUUUUUGUUGCAUUCAAAUUUUCAGGUGAUUUACUGUAAAUAAACUUGAGAGGAAAUAUAAAGUGUAUCAAAUUUUAACAGCUAAACAAUGAAUUAUUAAACCUGCUAUAUCUGUUUAAUUGUUGUUAAAAUACCCCCUUGUUUAAAUCAUUAUUCAUAUCAUUAGAACUUAUUAGUAUUUGAAUUUUAAUAUUUCUUACGUUCUUUGCUGUGUUUGGCUGCUUUUACACCAGCGGUAGAAUAAAUAAUAAAGCAUUUGAGGAGGAAUUGCAGGGGUUAUAGGUUUAUAACAACCACAAAUAAAUUGAGUCUGAAAAAAAUAAAUAAUACCAACUAUAUAAUGUAUGUAAUGUUAUGUAAUAUUUGAAAAUUAUAAUUGACACAAGAUCUCAAUGGGACGCAUGAGUUCUGCAGGGAACACAAUAGAAGUACAAGUAAAAACAAACAGAAAAAGUGAGUCACAAACAGGCAGGAAAGUGGCGUGAUGGAGCGUUGUGAGUAUAUGUAUGACAGAGCUUGUGGUCACAAACAUUGCCCUUAAUAAUGACAGAAUUAUAUGUAGAAGUGAACUGAGUGUGCUCACAUCACAAAUUAAUACAAAUCUUAUAUAAUCCAUUUCAUAAUAAUUGAGACAAUUCCCAUUUCUUGGCAAAUACUAACAAAGUUAAAUAUGCAAACACAACUCCUUAUAAUAAAGGUGGUAAUGAAAAUGAUGAGAAUGAUUUUAUUUUUUUAUUUUAAUUAUUGUAAAUGUGUAAUAUGUUUAAUUGUAUAAUAUAUCUUUUGUGUAUUGUGACUUUAACCGUUCUAUUUUGUUUUCAUGUUUUUUAUGGCUACUGUGUAUCGUGAUACGUUCUUCACGUUGUAAUUUGUGAAUCAGUUUCUAAACCAUGUGUCAGAUGUGGUGUUGAUGUGACAACAAAGAAAUUAAGUUUGUAUUGUGUGACCAAAUGCAGAAAAGAAUAAAAACAGAUUAUAAACUGAUGAAUUCACUCAAAGCCAACAUGUCUUUUGAAAAGCCUUUGACAAACAUGUGGGCAGGAGGUGUACGAGAAAACAAACCACAGGCAACAAGGAAACUAGGUCACACAGUAAUGAAGGUUUAUACAGUUUAUAAAGUUUGGGGCUUUUUAUUUCAUUAAUUUGUGUAUUUGACAGGGAUAAAGCAAAGAAACACUUUAACAGGCCAGAGAAACUUAAAACACAUGUUCAUGGUAAAUAGACUGUAUUUAUAUAGCACUUUUCUAUAUAGUGCUUUACUGUACAGUUCUGCCAUUCACCCAUUCACACACACUUUCAGCCAGUGUUUAACCUCUUUAUCAAAUGUUUUCAGAUCAGUUUUUUUUAUUUCUGUAGAUACAAAAAUGUGUUCCUAUUACCAAUAAAUAAGUUUUGCAAUUAUACUGUU